AUGGAAUUCGCUGUCGGGAACCCAGAACUAUUUUUCGCUGAAGUAACCAGCUACAGUACCUCGGCUAAGCUGAUAGCACCAGGAAUAGUAGUACCAGGCACUCUAUCGAUUACAGCAACCGACUUAUUCUUCGAUGCUGAUGAGGAGAAUCCAUUGUACAAAAAACAAGAUCCAAAGAAACACCGAGAAACACAUGAAAUAAUGACUCGUACUGCUGGCCGUUUGAAGAGAAGGACAGAUUUGGCCAAAAAUAGGAACUAG